GCUCUUUGUGUCGGAGGAGGCGGAGGAGGAGGCGGCCCUCAUCCCCUCAUCAUCCUCAGCCGGUACCGGGGCCGCCAUCACCCGCAGACUCCCGGAAGCGGCGGAGCCGGCAGCACAUCGCGACAGGAGCCGGGACACAACGGGAGCCUAUGGAGGGUUUAUCGCGAUAGCACGGAGCCGACACAGGGGCCCCUGCCACCUCAUCCUGUGUGCUACCCCAGCCUUGUCGUGACAUAGAGGACCAAUCUAUACAAUCCUAACAAUGGCCCCGAUACAUGAGCCUGUGGUAUCUGGAGCCUAGAGGAGCCAUACUGCCCCCCACCCCCUAUAGACCAGCCUGACCGGCCUCUGUAUACAGUGUCAGCAAAGGGGGCGCCUACACAGGAACCUAUAGACCAGCCUGACCUCACCGGACCCCCAUAGCGGAAUCUGUAUACAGUGUCAGCAAAGGGGGCGCCUGCACAGGAACCUAUAGACCAGCCUGACCUCACCGGACCCCCAUAGCGGAAUCUGUAUACAGUGUCAGCAAAGGGGGCGCCUACACAGGAACCCAUAGACCAGCCUGACCCGAAGAUCCUAUAUACUAUCUGCACCCUAUAUCGUAUCUCCUCAUCAUCUGGAGCCUAUAGAAGAUCUGAUAUACCAUCUGCACCCUAUAUCUUAUCUCCUCAUCAUCUGGAGCCUAUAGAAGAUCCGAUAUACCAUCUGCACCCUAUAUCGUAUCUCCUCAUCACCUGGAGCCUAUAGAAGAUACUAUAUACCAUCUGCACCCUAUAUCGUAUCUCCUCAUCAUCUGGAGCCUAUAGAAGAUCCGAUAUACCAUCUGCACCCUAUAUCGUAUCUCCUCAUCAUCUGGAGCCUAUAGAAGAUCCGAUAUACCAUCUGCACCCUAUAUCGUAUCUCCUCAUCACCUGGAGCCUAUAAAGGACCCGAUAUACCAUCUGCACCCUAUAUCGUAUCUCCUCAUCACCUGGAGCCUAUAAAGGACCCGAUAUACUAUCUGCACCCUAUAUCGUAUCUCCUCAUCAUCUGGAGCCUAUAGAAGAUCCGAUAUACUAUCUGCACCCUAUAUCGUAUCUCCUCAUCAUCUGGAGCCUAUAGAAGAUCCGAUAUACCAUCUGCACCCUAUAUCGUAUCUCCUCAUCACCUGGAGCCUAUAGAAGACCCGAUAUACCAUCUGCACCCUAUAUCGUAUCUCCUCAUCACCUGGAGCCUAUAGAAGAUCCGAUAUACCAUCUGCACCCUAUAUCGUAUCUCCUCAUCACCUGGAGCCUAUAGAAGAUCCGAUAUACCAUCUGCACCCUAUAUCUUAUCAUCUGGAGCCUAUAGAAGAUCCGAUAUACUAUCUGCACCCUAUAUCGUAUCUCCUCAUCACCUGGAGCCUAUAGAAGAUCCGAUAUACCAUCUGCACCCUAUAUCGUAUCUCCUCAUCAUCUGGAGCCUAUAGAAGAUACUAUAUACUAUCUGCACCCUAUAUCGUAUCUCCUCAUCACCUGGAGCCUAUAGAAGAUCCGAUAUACCAUCUGCACCCUAUAUCUUAUCACCUGGAGCCUAUAGAAGAUCCGAUAUACCAUCUGCACCCUAUAUCGUAUCUCCUCAUCACCUGGAGCCUAUAGAAGAUACUAUAUACUAUCUGCACCCUAUACCGUAUCAUCUGGAGCCUAUAGAAGCGGCAUAUACACUGUAGUCAUACAGAAGGGUGCCAAGCAGCGUGCAUGUCCAGAGCUCUGGGCCUUUUCUCCAUAUAUCAGGUCCUCAGUUUAUAUGUGCCCAGUUGCCAGGGCUGCUAGGUGGGCACAGUGCCCAGGUGGCACAGAGGCUUCCAAAUAGCAUCUGUAUGUAGGUGCUGGCACUGGGGAGCACUAUACAUGCAGCACUGAUUGCGCAUACACAGGUGGGCAGUGUGCCUGACUGGCACAGAGGUUUCGUUACAGUGCAUAGGUGGAGGUGCGGGUGCUCAGGUCAUACAUGCACUGGACGUAGGGGCCUUGUGCUGCUGUAACCUGGACUUGGCAUGGUGACUAUGCUGUACGGGGGGACAGGGUUACCGGCCGCCAUCAUGUGCCCGGGGGCAUCACUCCUGAGGUCUGGACUCUUCUAUCUGCUGCUCUUUGCUCAUAACUCCCAGGGACGCGCCUGUGAGAAGAGUCCAUGCUUCUCCGGACGAUGCAUCAACUCCACCUGCGUGUGUGACCCGGGCUGGGUCGGAGAACAAUGCCACCACUGCCAGGGAAGAUUCAAGUUAACAGAGCCGUCGGGCUUCCUGACAGACGGACCCAUCAACUACAAGUACAAGACCAAGUGCACCUGGCUGAUCGAGGGCUACUCGAACGCCGUCCUGAGGUUGCGCUUCAAUCAUUUCGCCACAGAAUGCAGCUGGGACCACAUGUACGUGUACGACGGAGACUCCAUAUACUCCCCGCUCAUCGCAGUCCUGAGUGGUCUGAUCGUCCCUGAAGUGGCGGGAAAUGAGACGGUCCCGGAGGUGGUCACCACGUCAGGAUACGCCCUCUUACACUUUUUUAGCGAUGCUGCUUAUAACCUCACCGGAUUCAACAUCUUCUACUCGAUAAAUUCCUGUCCGAGUAACUGCUCCGGCCACGGCAAGUGCGCGACCAGCAGCUCCGUGCCCGGCCGCGUCUACUGCGAGUGCGACAAGUACUGGAAGGGCGAGGCCUGCGACAUCCCCUACUGCAAGAAUAACUGCGGCAGCCCAGACCACGGCUACUGCGACCUGACCGGAGAGAAGCUGUGCGUCUGCAACGACAGCUGGCAAGGUCCUGACUGCUCGCUCAGCGUCCCCUCCACUGAAUCUUACUGGAUCCUGCCCAAUGUGAAGCCGUUCAGCCCCUCGGUGGGGCGAGCCUCCCACAAAGCCGUGAUGCAUGGGAAGUUUAUGUGGGUGAUCGGAGGCUACGCCUUCAAUUACAGCUCCUUUCAGAUGGUGCUAAACUACAACGUGGAGAGCAGCAUCUGGAAUGUGGUCCCGGUGAACCCCGUCCAUACAGCCCCCCUUCAGAGAUACGGACAGUCGCUGGCGCUUUACCAGGAUGAGAUCUACAUGUAUGGCGGGAAGAUUGAGACGAGCGGCGGGAACGUCACCAAUGAACUCUGGAUCUUCGACAUCUCCAGUAAGUCGUGGAGCAUGCGGGCGCCGCUCGUCCUGAACCACGGGCAGCACUACGCGGUGGAGGGUCACACGGCGCACAUCCUGGAGCUGGACAGCCGCGAGGUGGUGAUGGUCGUCAUAUUCGGUUACUCCGCGGUCUACGGGUACAUCAGCAACGUCCAGGAGUAUUACCUGAGGUCCAACACCUGGCUGGUGCAUGACACGCGGGGGGCCAUCGUGCAGGGAGGAUACGGCCACACCAGCGUCUACGACCCGAUCACCAGGUCUGCGUAUGUGCACGGAGGAUACAAAGCCCUGCCCGGCAACAAGUACGGCCUGGUGGACGACCUGUACCGAUACGAAGUCAACACCCGCACCUGGAUGAUCCUGAAGGAGAGCGGGCUGUCGCGGUACCUGCACUCUGCCGUGCUGAUCAGCGGCGCCAUGCUGGUGUUUGGCGGCAACACGCAUAACGACACGUCCCUGAGCAACGGCGCCAAGUGCUUCUCAGCAGACUUCCUGGCCUAUGACAUCGCUUGUGACGAGUGGAAAGUUCUGCAGAAGCCCAAUCUGCACCGCGAUGUCAACCGCUUCGGCCACUCUGCCGUAGUCAGUAAUGGGUCCAUGUUCAUAUUCGGUGGAUUCUCCAGCGUGCUCCUGAAUGACAUCUUGGUGUACAAACCUCCGAGCUGCGAGGCGUUUCACACUCGGGAGCGGUGCACCAGCGCUAUACGGGGCAUCAGCUGUCUAUGGGACCAGGGUCAUUGCGUGUCCUGGGAGACCGUGCACGCCAGCAGCAGCCUAUUCCGCGCCCACUGUCCCAACAAGUCCGCGCCAGCAGACGACAGAUGCUACAAGAACACGGACUGCGCCAGCUGCACCGCCAACACCAACGGCUGCCAGUGGUGCGACGACAAGAAGUGCAUGUCCCUGAGCAGCAACUGCAGCAUGUCUGUGAAGAAUUACGUGAAGUGUUAUGUGAGGAACGAGCAGAUCUGCAAUAAACUCACCAGCUGCAAAAGCUGCUCCCUCAACCUGAACUGCCAGUGGGACCAGCGGCAGCAGGAGUGCCAGGCCCUGCCCGCUCAUCUAUGUGGAGAAGGAUGGAGCCACGUGGGGGACGCCUGUCUGCUCAUCAACUCCAGCCGGGACAGCCAUGACAAUGCCAGGGUGUACUGCCACAACCUGAGCGGCAGCCUCGCCUCCCUCACCACCCCCAAAGAGGUGGACUUCGUGCUGGACGAAAUGCAAAAGUAUACAGUACAGAAGCUCUCCCCGUGGGUCGGGUUGCGGAAGAUCAAUGUCUCGUACUGGGGCUGGGAGGACAUGUGCCCAUUCACUAACACCACCCUGCAGUGGCUCCCGGGUGAGCCCAGUGACUCAGGGUUCUGUGCCUACCUGGAGAGGGCAGAGGUGGCAGGACUGAAGGUGAAUCCCUGCACUGCCAUGACGGACGGCCUGGUGUGCGAGAAGCCAGUAGUCAGUCCCAACCAGAACGCGCGGCCGUGUAAGGUGCCCUGCUCCCUGCGCACCUCCUGCUCCAACUGCACCAGUAACGGCAUGGAGUGCAUGUGGUGCAGCAACACCAAGCGCUGCGUGGACUCCAACGCCUACAUCAUCUCCUUCCCGUACGGACAGUGCCUGGAGUGGCAGACCAACACCUGCUCCCCUCAGAAUUGCUCCGGCUUCCGCACCUGCUCUCAGUGCUUGGAGCACCCUGGUUGUGGUUGGUGUAAUGACCCCAGUAACACUGGGAAAGGCAGUUGUAUAGAAGGUUCUUACCGGGGACCGAUGAAACCUCAGGGCAAACAGUCGAGUGAAAUGGUUCUGGAUUCCAGUUUGUGCCCACGGGACAAGAACUACGAGUGGUCGUUUAUUCACUGUCCAGCGUGUCAGUGUAACGGCCACAGCACCUGCAUCAACAACAACAUCUGUGAACAGUGUAAGAACCUGACCACAGGGAAGCACUGCGAGGCCUGCAUGGCGGGAUACCACGGGAAUCCCACCAACGGCGGAGAAUGUGAAAGUAAGUGA